UUGGCCACGAUCGAUCGAGUGGCUUUGGGCCGCGGUUCGGAGUUGGUCGAGAGUGGCGGCGCGUUGGCUUCUUGCAAUUUCUCGGCAGGCGUCUCGAUCAGUUGGCGGUUUGCAUUUGCGCGUUGCGGACGUCUCGCUUUUACUCGCCCGCCCCGAUCUCCCUCUCUCUCUCGAGCACUCUCCUCAAGUCUCGUUCCGGAAUCGGAAUAUAUAUACUUCGAUCCGUACACGUAGCGGAAUCAAGAUGUUGCGGCAGUGUCUGGUGGCCGUGCUGCUAGUUAUAGCUGGUGCUAAUGGCCAGGGAAAGGAGAAGGAGGAGUUCCAGUGCCCCUCACACAUUGCCAAUGGUAACUACGCUGACCCGGCGACCUGUCGUCGUUUCUACCAGUGCGUCGAUGGAUAUCCGUAUUUGAACCGCUGUCCAUCCGGACUUUUCUUCGAUGAUCUGCAGAAGUUCUGCACUUUCAAGGAUGAGGCCAAGUGCGGUCCUCUACCAACAACGCCCGCCCCUGCCACGGAGGCCCCGGCAGACACCGCCCAACGCUGCAACACGGAGAACUGCGCCCUGCCCUACUGCUUCUGCUCCAAGGACGGCACCCAGAUCCCCGGCGACCUGGAGCCCGAAAAGAUCCCCCAAAUCAUCAUGCUGACCUUCGAUGGCGCCGUGAAUCUGAACAACUACCAGCACUACCAGAAGAUAUUCGACGGCAAGCGCAAGAAUCCCAACGGCUGUCUCAUUCGGGGCACCUUCUUCAUGUCGCACGAGUACAGCAACUACCAGCAGAUCCAGCACCUGGGAUACUAUGGCCACGAAAUCGGAACGGAGAGCAUCUCGCAGCAGCAAGGACUGCAGGACAAGGGCUACGAGGAGUGGGUGGGCGAGAUGAUUGGCAUGCGUGAAAUCCUGCGACACUUCUCCAAUGUGUCCGUCAACGAUGUGGUCGGCAUGCGAGCUCCGUUCCUCAAACCUGGCCGCAACACCCAAUACAAGGUACUGGAGGACUUUGGGUACAUCUACGACAGUUCGAUCACCGUUCCGCCGGUACCCGUGCCAGUUUGGCCGUACACCCUCGACUACAAGAUCUCGCACGAGUGCAAGAGCGGCACUUGUCCGUCGCGCACCUUCCCCGGCGUCUGGGAGGUGCCCCUGAACACCCACUACGUGGAGGGAUACGAGGGCGGUCACUGCCCCUAUCUGGACCAGUGCGUCCUGCACAACCUAGACGAGGAGGAGGUCUUCCAGUGGCUGCAGGAGGACUUCUCGCGCUACUACGAGCAGAACAAGGCUCCAUACAUGAUGCCCUUCCACACUAACUGGUUCCAGACCAAGCCGCUGGAGAACGGCCUGCACAAGUUCCUCGACUGGGCCCUCGACCUACCUGACGUCUACAUCCUGACCGUCACCCAGAUGCUCCAGUACAUGACCGACCCCAAGGAGCUGCGCGAAGUCAGCCAAAUCGAGUCGUGGAAGUGCGACAAGAGCGUGUCGGUGGCCCCCAAGCCCUGCAAUAUCUGGCAGACGUGUGCGCUGCCCUUCAAGAUCCCGGAGCAGAAUCUGACGGAUACGCGCUAUAUGGAGACCUGUCGGGAGUGCCCCAAUGUGUACCCCUGGCUGGGCGAUGCUGGCGGUACGGGAAUCGCGGGUCGGGAUAACUAUAUCUUUGCCGGAGGCGAAACUCCAGAGGAAGAGGAAACUGCCAAGUAGAAACGAGAACUUCCACGUCCACUUAUUCCAUCCUCUAAAUUUCCCCUCCCCCCCUUUUUUUGUUUUUUUUUAUGUGCCUUGACUCGUAUUUUUGUUGAAUUUUUCCCCCAAGUUGUACUACUCUCAGUAAUUUCCCACACAUGUGCCAGUCAUCGUGAUGCAAUAAUGAGCUGCCUUCUCCUUUUUAUAAACAUCCCUUUGUUCCCUCUUCGAUUUUCCUACCACCCCGCCUGUCACUCGUAUUCCCCUUUCCCCCCAGUAGUUCUUAAGCGAA